ACUUGCGCUUUGUGAUUGGUCAGGCGGCUUCCUGGGGAUCUGUCAUGUGUCCCAGAUACCGCCUUACCAUUCACAAAAAGCACCGCUUCUUGCGCAUGCGCACUUGGCACCUGGCUGUCAAGCCCAGCGCCCACACUACAGAAGCCGGGAAGACAGCGCGCCGCUGGAUAGAGGAACAGGUAAGGUCCCGCUGCAGAGCUGAGCGGCCCGGCCCGGUAUUAUGACAUGGCAGCGCUGGAAAUACCGGACCGGCCGCUCCAUAUUCGCUCCAUAAGACGCACUGACAU